AUGCAGAUCAAAGAACGUCGGAAGUCGCUGGGAGCCAUGCUGGACCCAUCCGAAUUGGAGCACAUGUAUUUGGAGAGCGAUCGCUUCUGGGGAGAUACUGUAAUUUAUUCCAAAAGUACUGUUACCGGGAGUCAGGAAAUCGACAUAUGUUUGCGAUAUCAUCUGUCAAGAGUGAUAAAAUGUUUACAGAUUCUGGAAAAUUUCCCAACCGAAUGCCCACUACUGUGGAAACACGGUGAAAUAUUGAAGAAAUUGGAAUUGGAAUAUAUGACAUUGGAUCAUUUAUUACGACUGACAAAAACUGUACCGGUUGUAGCGAAUAUCACAAGCGUUUUGUCGGGAAUCGGCGUCGAUUCAUCACUGCAAGAAAUCUGGUUUUCUGCCUGUUACCCGUCCCACUCCCAGCUGCUCGUCUUCAAAGAUGACCUUCGAACUCAAGUGAAGUUGAACAUAGCCCAUAUUGUCGAGCAAAAUUAUCCACAUCUCGUCAAUAGGGGUAAGUUCACACGAUGA